AUGUCUCCGCACGUGGUCGUGGCCAACGGCGCUGCCCCUCCUCCCUCGCAGGAGGAUGUCAGCACCUUCGUCACCACAAUCUUCAACGCCAAGACCUCGGCCGCCUCCAUCGACGCCGCCUACGGCCUCUGCGAGCUCCUCCUUAACUCGGUGGGCGCCGCGGGGCUCGUCCAAUACGGCGUCGCCGCCGAGAUCAAGAAGGCUGCGGCCGACAAGAAGAGCGGCCUCCGCCGCGAGAGCGCCCAGAACCUGCUCGGCGCCAUCUUUGAGCGCUUCCCCGCUCGCCAGCCCGCCAGCGAGACCGUCCUCCUCAUCCAGGACGGCGGCCUCCUCUCCGUCGCCCUCGACGCCCUGUCCGACAAGGGCGCCGUGGUGCGCGAAGCCGCUCAGUACGGCAUCGACGCCCUCUUUGCCAACCUGAGCGCCGAGGCUCUCGUGGUCGGCCUCAUGCCCGCUCUCCUGCGCUACCUGUCCAAGAGGACGGGUAAGUGGCAGGGCACCGUCGCCGCCUACAAGCUGCUCCAGCGCAUGGCGGACAAGGCGCAGAUUACUCUGGGCUCCACCAAGGAGGAGUCCAUCGAGAAGGACGUUCUCCGCGACGCCAUGGGAACCAAGUUGGCUGCCCUGAUCCCCGUCGUCGAGGAGGGCAUGCACGACAUGAAGACCGAGGUCGAGAAGCAGGCCGGUACCACCAUGACCUCGCUCACCUCCCUCCUCUCCAACGACGACGCCAUCCACGGCCUCUCCCAGACCACCUUUGUCGCCAUCGAAGUCCUGCGUCAGACCGUCGUCGUCGUCGAGAACCUGACCAAGCUCGUGCACGACCCCAUCGAGGCCCGCACCUUCCUUCCCAAGCUCAAGCCCGGUGUCAAGGGCGUCUCCGACCGCGCCUCCCAGCCCGAGGUCCGCGAGCUUGCCGACCGCGCCCUUGCCGUCAUCGACAAGGCCAUGGGCGAGGGCCAGAACGUUGAGGAGCGAGUCGGCGCCCAAGACAUUGCCGCCCGCCUCGACGAGCAGAUCCGCAAGCACGGCGGCGCGGCUACCCAGUCCGAGCUCUACAAGCUCAACCACACCUACAUCUGCGAAAUGGUGGUCGAAGACGUCAACCACCGCCACAUCUCGCGCAUCGCCGGCCGCAUCGGUCCGUACCUCGCGGGCUUCUUGCGCGAUGCCACCGCCCCCGAGGCCGUGGCCAGCGCCGUCCAAGAGCACUUUGCGGCCGAGGACAGACGCAAGCACGGCGAGCCCGAGAAGGAGGACGACGGCGAGAUCGAAAUCGUCAACGCCGACUUCUCCCUGGCCUACGGCGGCAUGCUUCUCCUUUCCCACACCAAUCUCAGGCUCCUCAAGGGCCACCGCUACGGUCUCUGCGGCCGCAACGGUGCCGGCAAGUCCACCCUCAUGAGGAGUAUCGCGGGCGGCAAGCUCGAGGGCUUCCCCGCAGGACGUCCUCCGAACCUGCUACGUCGAGCACAACCAGGGCGAGGACGCCGACAUCAGCAUCCUCGAGUUCGUGUCCAAGGACCCCGAGAUCGCCAAGGAGGGUCAGGAACGCAUCUCCCAGGUCCUCGCCGAGUUCGGCUUCACCGCCGGUCCCGAGGGUCGUCAGGCGCAAAGGUCGGCUCCCUCUCGGGUGGUUGGAAGAUGAAGCUCGCCCUGGCCCGUGCCAUGCUGCAAAAGGCCGACGUCCUCCUGCUGGACGAACCGACCAACCAUCUCGACGUCACCAACGUCAAGUGGCUCGAAAACUACCUCAAGAACAACACCGAGAUCACCAGCUUGAUCGUGUCCCACGACUCUGGCUUCCUCGACGAGGUCACCACCGACAUCUACCACUACGAGCCCAACAAGAAGCUCGCGCACUACCGCGGAAACCUCGAGGCUUUCGUCAAGGUCCGCCCCGAGGCCAAGAGCUACUACACGCUGUCGGCCUCCAACGUGCAGUUCAAGUUCCCCUCGCCCGGCCUGCUGACCGGUGUCAAGUCCAUGACGCGCGCCAUCCUCAAGAUGACCAACGUCACCUACACCUACCCCGGCGCGCCCAAGCCCUCGCUCAUGGACGCCUCGUGCCAGCUCUCCCUGUCGUCCCGCAUCGCCAUCAUUGGCCCCAACGGUGCCGGCAAGUCCACCAUGAUCAAGCUCCUGACGGGUGAAAUCAUCCCCACCGUCGGCCGCGUCGAGAAGCACCCCAACCUGCGUAUCGGCUACAUCAAGCAGCACGCCCUGGAGCACGUCGAAAUGCAUCUCGAAAAGACGCCCAACCAGUACCUCCAGUGGCGAUAUGCCCACGGUGACGAUCGCGAGGUCCACCUCAAGCAGACUCGUAUCCUGUCCGACGCGGACCGCGACCAGAUGAACAAGUUUGUCGAGCUCGGCGAUGGAAAGCCCGCCAAGCAAAUCGAGGCUUUGAUCGGUCGUCAGAAGUACAAGAAGACGUUCCAAUACGAAGUCAAAUGGCGAAACAUGCUCCCCAGGCACAACAGCCAAGUAUCCCGCGAAACCCUCGUCGAGCUCGGCUUCUCCAAGCUCGUCCAGGAAUUCGACGACUACGAAGCCGCCCGCGAGGGUCUCGGCUACCGCGACCUGCAGCCCUCGGUCAUCUCUAAGCACUUUGAGGACCGGCGGCCAAAGAUCAAGGUCGUGCUCGCCGCCGCGCUGUGGUCCAAGCCGCACGUGCUCGUGCUCGACGAGCCCACCAACUUCUUGGACCGCGACUCGCUCGGCGGCCUGGCCGUCGCCAUCCGCGACUUCAAGGGCGGCGUCAUCCUCAUUUCCCACAACGAAGAGUUUGUCGGCGCUCUCUGCUCGGAGCAGUUCCACGUCAACGACGGCAAGGUCGCAUACAAGGGCCAGUCGGCCGUGCACUCGGACCGCUUCGAGGACAGCAGCCGGCCCGACAGCGGCGUGCCCAGCACCGCCGUCAGCAGCGCCGCGCCCUCGGCCGCCCCCAGCGCCGUCCCGAGCGCCGUCAACAGCGGCACCGAGGACAACUCGUCGCCCAUGAGCUUCAAGGCCCGCAAGAAGAAGAAGGGCCUUACCAAGAAGGAGCUCAAGGAGAGGGUGGUCAGGAGGCGUCUGCGGGAGAUUGCCUGGCUGUCCAGCGCCCCGGGCACUCCCAAGCCCGUGGAUACGGACGACGAGGAAUAA